CGAAGCCUGUUGCAACUACGUCUAUGUGGCAAGUCGUAUAGGUUGCCCGAUGACUGUCAGUAUUUUUCAACGCCGCACACAUCGGACAUGUGUGUAGAUAUAUAAAUUCAUAGCGGACAAAAGCCGCAAGAGCGAAAGAGAGAGAAACAGAUUCCACAUGCGUGUAAAAAACGCUUACACGCAUAAGGAAAAAAUCGGGGUCGCGAUAAGGCUAAUAAGGUAAAAAAAACAGGCCUCUCCGCCGCCACUACAGUGCACCACGAAUUGUGAUACGCGCACGCGUUUUUCAUUUCUCUCUCUCUUUCCAAGCGACUCGUGGCCACGAAAAACAGAAACUAAUAUUAAGUAACCGAAAAUGCGGCUAGAGAAAGUUCUAGUAUCUACGCGGCGGUAACAGUUUUUCGUGUUUUGUGUACGAAAUUUGAGUGUGCAUUGUCACUCAGCGCAGUUUCUCCACGUGUAUAUAACCGCUUAUCGCUUAAUAAUGUAAUUGCAGUAGUACAUUUAUACCGGCGAAGUGUUUAUCUGCCUCGACGAAAUUUGGAGACAAAGAUCUUGAAUAACAUCAAUGUUACGCUCUUAUCUAUCAAAAUGCCAGGGCAUUGGAGAAGAUAAUUUUGCAGAAUUAUAAUAAAGUUUCUGCCUUGAUUGAAGUAUAUUGAUGUGAUUUAGAAUUAUUGUAUCUUUUCAAUUCUUUCUUACUGAUUAACUGCAAAAGAAGAUUAAAGUAAAAAAAUACGAUACAAUUAAAAGCAAAAUGAGUACAAUGCAAAAUUCAAACCUAAUAGCUGCUGCAGUAGGAGCAGCUAUUGGGGUCAUUAGUGUGGCUACAGUUUUUAUCUACAACAAAGUACUGGAAAGACAACAACGUGCUGCUAUGAAAACCAACAUAGAUAGAGUUAAUCGCAAAGUUUCAGAAUUACAAGCUGAAUUAGAAGAACUGAGAGCACAACAAGCUAAUUUACAGAAAAAUAGAAGUAAGAAGAGAUUUAUCAGAAGACAAGUGUAUUCUAAUGAAAAUACCUACACUGGAACAGAAGAAGUUGAUCUUGAUACUUUUUCAACAGCUGGUACUGACAUUGGUGACGAUGAAUUUUUUGACUGUUCAGAUGAUGAAGGGGAAAUUGAUUUAGGCAAUUGGACAAAUGAAGGAAUAGUAAAUCAGAAGACAGAGCUUUUAAAACUUGACCAGGAAAGUGAGGAUAAAUUUCAAUUUUUUGUGCAUUACCAAAAAGUAAAAAAUUUACUGCAAGAAAAUCCAAAUGAUGUAGAAAUUGUAUGGAGGUUUUCUAGAGCUUGUUAUAAUUGUUCUAUUCAAUCUGAUGAUUAUGAUAAACAGAAGGAAUACAUCUUUGAAGGAUGUGAAAUUUGCGAAAAAAUUCUUCAUAUAAGAGAUGGUAAUUUAUAUAAAUGGUAUGCGAUUCUUUUGGGGCUUAAAAGUAAAUAUUUACCUACAAAAGGUAAAAUUGAAUACGGCUGUCGCUUCAAAGAAUACGUGGAAAAAGGUUUAGAGUUAUGUCCCGAUGAUAGUCUUCUUCAUCAUCUGUUGGGAAGAUUCAAGUAUGAAGUUUCUGAACUGAGUUGGUUAGAAAGAAAGGUUGCUGCUACGCUAUUCGCCGAGGUGCCAAGUGGAACGUACCAAGACGCGAUUCCACAUUUUGAAACUGCCGAAAAACUUGCUCCAAAGCCACAUCACGAAAACAGACUGUUUCUUGGAAAAAGUUACAUUGCUAUCGGCAAUUAUAAAGAAGGUGUCUCGUGGCUCAGAAAGAUUCGUGAAUGUCCGUCCGACAGCGACGAAGACGCUGAAAUUCACGAAGAAGCAAGGCAACUUGCCGAAAGAUAUGCGAAUUACAACGCAUAGCUGUGUCGAUUUCUUGUACUUGUUCAUUCCAUAAUACAUGAAUACGCGAUUAUACAUGAUUUGUUAGAUAAAAAAAAUUUCAAUGUUCUACAAAUUACAGUGCACAGUGAGGAUAGCUUAUUAUGUGAUUCGUAAACAAAAUGAUUGUUUGUGAAUAAUUGUACAUACACGUUGGGAUAAAUCAAUCGUGUCAAAGGUUUUUUGUAAAGCAUCGUUAAUUUAAAUGAGUAGACUUUACUAUCACGUUGAUUUAAAAUUAAUGAUUGUUAUAACUUACUUUACGUCACGUUAUUAUACACAGAUAAAUUCUAUUUAUAUCGGAAUCUUAUUGAAAGGGACAUUAGAAAAAACUAUUGACAAUAUUUCUUAUAAUGCACGGUUAUAUUAUACGGCAGAAUGGUGAAAGUUUAAUGGUGCUGAAAAAGUUUUUCUUCGCUUGUAAAUGGUUAUGAUAGUAUAUAUUUGCAAAUUUCUUUGUUUACACGAGAUAUCAUGUUAAUGACGAAUCAAAGCUCAACGUGGGAAGGAUUUGAAAUUGUAAAGUGUUGUAUUGUUUACAUAUUGACACAAGUGAUCAGAAAGAACAAACAAAAUCGCAUCAGUACAUCUGUUCAUAUAAUAAUUUAAAUCACAUCAUACAAAGUUAAAUUUAACGUUGAAAUGAGCAAUUUCAUAGUAACGAUUUGCUAUUGUACGACUGAUCAUUGACGUGAAAAUAAUAAUAAAAUGGAUCUUUUACUCGAA